GGGCGGCUGGCGCCAUUUUGUUUUAGUUUUUAACUCGACGAGGACGCGUGUAGCACCGGCCUUUUUGCUCCUCACGGUGGACCAGUGACCUCAGUGGACGGUUAGCUAUGUGUAUUUAACAACAUUAACGGGGUUUAAUUUUAUUAGAACAGUUUUUUUUAAAAAAAAUCUCCCGUAGCCCUCUCCUCUCUGGGCUGGUUGUAUGCGAGCGGUUAAUGUCCGGCCAUUCUGUCGUGAAGCGGAACUAAAAGCAGCAACGACAUGGCUAACAACACGGCGGCCGGGAACCAGCCGCCGCCGCAGCAGCAGCAGCAGGCGGGAGGCAGCGUCAAACCAUCCGCGUCGGGAAAACAGGGCAACGUGCUGCCGCUCUGGGGGAACGAGAAGACCAUGAACCUGAACCCGCUCAUCCUCACCAACAUCCUGUCGUCGCCCUACUUCAAAGUGCAGCUGUACGAACUGAAGACGUACCACGAGGUCGUGGACGAGAUCUACUUCAAGGUUACUCAUAUCGAGCCAUGGGAAAAGGGGAGCAGGAAGACUUCAGGCCAGACAGGCAUGUGCGGAGGGGUACGUGGUGUUGGCACAGGAGGAAUUGUUUCUACUGCCUUCUGUCUGCUCUAUAAACUAUUUACCCUCAAGUUAACUCGAAAGCAAGUGAUGGGACUAAUAACACACACAGAUUCGCCAUACAUCAGAGGUUUAGGAUUCAUGUAUAUUAGAUACACCCAGCCUCCAGCAGACCUAUGGGAUUGGUAUGAAUCAUUUUUAGAUGAUGAGGAGGAACUAGAUGUAAAGGCUGGAGGAGGUUGUGUCAUGACAAUAGGAGAGAUGAUUCGUUCUUUCCUCACAAAACUGGAAUGGUUCUCUACUUUAUUCCCAAGAAUUCCAGUCCCAGUUCAAAAGAAUUUGGACCAAUUGCUCAAGUCUCGACCAAGGAAAAUUGUCAAGAAGGAUGGAAUGGAAGAGGCAGAGCGUCCUGCAGAACGUAGACAUUCACGGUCACCGAGAAGAUCCCUUAGUCCUCGCAAGUCACCCAGGCGAUCCAGGAGCAGAAGUCGCCACAGGGAUGGUCAUGGAUCUUUUGGUUUUGAGAAAGAAUUAGAAAGGGAGAGGGAGCGACAGAAAAGAGAACGAGAGCAGAUUCGAGAUCGAAGUGAAAAGGAUAGGCAUAGAUCUCGAAGUUUAGACCGUAGGCGAAGUAGAAGUAGAGACCGACACCGAAGUCGAAGCCGAGAUAAAAGGAGUGAUAAAAGGGAUAAGGACAGAGAGAAGGAAAAUGAGCGAAGCAGAAAGCGAGACAAAGACCAUGAUAGAGACAAGGAAAGGGCAAGUGAGAGAGACCGAGAAAGAAAUUUUGAGAAAGAACCAGAGAGAUCAAAAGACAGGGAAAAAAGAAGCCGUUCAGAAAUGGAAGACAGGAAGCAUAAGGAUGACAAGAGAGAGAAGGAUGAAAGGAGACACAAAGAAGAUAAAAAGGAAUCCAAGAAGGACAAAAGGCAUAGUAGAAGCAGAAGCCGAGACAAAAGGCAUAGAAGUGGCAGUCCUGGUAGGGGUCGUAGAAGCAAAAGCAAAGAAAAGUCUAAACACCGAAAUGAACAUAAGGAGAAAUCAAACAAAAGGAGUAUUAGCAGAGAAAGGACUAGUGUGAAUGAUGGUGAACGAAUAAAGAAACGACGCAGUGAUAGCAAAGAACGUGUUCAUAAGCGCAGUCGGAGCACAGAACGAUCUCACAAGCAAAGCCACAGUGACGGCAAGGACCACUCAAGUAAACAAAGCCAUGGAAGGAGUCAGAGUACAGAAAGAGAGAACAAAAGUAAUGUGGAGGAACAGUUGGAAGGCAAUGCUACAGAUGAGGACUGAAAGUUUGAAUCUUUAAUUGUACAGUGAAUAAAUUGCUUGAAUUGAACAUUUUUCUUUAAAACAAUUUUAAAAAAUUAUGCUAUGGCUAGGAUAAAUGCGUCUUCAGAUCCCUGUAGCCUGCAGAUAUUUCCUGUUUGUAGGGAAGUGCCUUUGGUAACCAGCUGUUCAACUUACCAUUGUAGUUCAAAAAACAACUUUAUUCUGUACAAUGUAGUUGAUGAUACAAGAUUUGUUUUUGUUUGAAAUUAUGUUUUUGCAAGUACAUUAUGUACAUAUGUUCUGAGAGUUUUAAUCCGUGGCGCACCUGCCAUGUUGGUUCAUUUUGUAUGAUGGGCAAUAAACUGCCAGUACUUCAACUA